AUGGCCGAUCAUCACAUGCCUGCGCCGCGGUCUGCAGGAUUCUUCUCAGCUAGCCACCGAGACGGGCGACGAGAUGGCCUUGCGACGCCAGAGCGACGGCCGAACAGCAGCCACGAGAUGGGCAAGUCGAGCGUUGCGACCAGCCAGCGGGAGGACGACGACGACCUGCUCCACGACGACCACGACCCCCUGAGCUCCAGCCAUACCGAAGUUUCUUCGCACGCGGACGACGGACACGCACAUACACACCGGGAGGAGCGAGAGCGCGCGCAGAAGAAGCACAAGGGCCGGCUGGGCGGCGGGUUCCUGCUGCACGACGCCUUUGGGGGAGGACGGCUGCUGGGAUCUCGUCGACAGCGGGCUGCUCACGCCCAGGCUCCUGCUCCUCCAAUACCGCAGCUGCAGCUGGGUGGUGGGCGUGAUGCUUCGUUUGAGGCUGGUCCCGGCCCUGAACGGGGCAUGCGACAGAGCUCUGCGCCCAUCCGGCCGUCUGGAGAGCCUGCCAACUCGCCGCCGAACACUGGCCAUUCGGCCGAGGGCAGGAUGCUCGCAGACUCUCACCACCAAGACCCGCACCCCGUAGCCGAUCUGGAUUCGUCGCAGAUUGUGCAUAUGGCGCUCAGUCUGAGCGAGUCUCGGCGCCUGGCCUCGCGACGAACCGGUCAUAGAACGGCCGCUCCUCCACGACUCGCCCCCCUACCGGACGGGAGCUCUUCGAAUAAUAUCCGACAACAUCUUCAGCAGCAGCGCAAGUUUUCACGGACGGAAACCCCCAAUCUACUCCAAGAACCAUCGUCUGGACCCUUGGUCCCUGGAUCGAGAGGCAGCGGAAACUUCCAAUCCUCGUUUGAGGGUGCCCACGAUUCGCAAUACCGGUAUCAGUUCUCUGCGUCGACACUGGCCAGAGCACACAAGGCCAAAGUACAUCUCGAGCUAUGGUCGCAGUACAGACGGUUGCUUGACGUGCUGCCUCCUUUGAAGCCGGGUCUCGAGAGGCCUACAUCGGGGAGCUCACCAGAUUCUCCGUUUGGAGUAGGCUCCCAAGCGCUCGCUGUAACGCUGGGCCGGCAGUACAACCCCUUGCAAUACAUUCGAAAUCGCAAAGUACGGGCUCGUGAGAGAAAGGUCAUCGACGGAAAGCGGCAGGGCUUCAGCGAUGUAGACAGCGUCAGGCAGUGGGUUGAUACGGUCUACCGACAAAAGUCAGUAGUGGGGACGCCGCUUGCUGAUGACGGGCCUUCCAUUCCUCCCUACCACUCUGCCGAAGAGGCGGAUAUGCUGCUUUCGCCUGCGGACACUGCUGCCAGACCGCGACGGCCUCGAGUGGACUGGUUUCUGGACCCUUGCGAUGUCAUCGCCGACGCAUACUGGCUGGAGCAAAACGGACACAAAUACCUUAUUGAAGAUCGCCAUUGGCGUAAAAUAUUUCCAUCUGUAUCCUCUGAUUUGAGCAGGCCUUUGUCUCGAGAAGUGGAGGAAUCCAGUAGCAAGAUCUCGCCAUUCACAACGAGGGAUUAUGAGUUGACUGAAACUAUUCCUGAAGGAAAGGAAUUUGGACUCUCGAAAGUUCGCUCAGAGCUAUCACAUACCAGUGCCAAGGAUCGAGCCAAACAGAAGUUUCAUAACAUAAAAGGCUUUCACCAUCGACAUGCAAGCGGUGGUGGUGGUCACCACGGGAAGGAUUCCUCUUCGGAAGAUUCAAGUAGCGACAGCGAUUGUGAGCCAAAGAAGAGGGCGAAGCUGGUUCGUAAGGGAACCAUCUCUAGCAACUCGAAUGAUUUACUCCAAAAACAGAUGAUGGAGAUGGUGGCCAGAGAGGCUCGCGAAAGAGAACUCGAAGAGUCGGCUCUGGUCCAUAACGAGAGCGCGGAUGACCGAAGCAUUGAGCAGCCUCCGUCUCGAUUGCAUAGCAGAAGAGGCUCUUCUGUGGCGGAAAUCAGCGACUCCGAGCGCAGAGCUGCCAUGUUUGACAGGCUGAAGCAAGGAUCUCCGACACGCACGAGUGUUGAUGCCCACCAUCAUUCCAUUUCUCCAGGGAAACGACUCUCACUUCCAAACUCACCAGAGGCCAUACCCAUUCGCAAUGGCAAAUCUGAGUCGGUUGCCAGUGCUGAAACCUCGCCACUCUAUAGUCGAUCAGCAUCUCCCACCAGAAACCCCAUCAACAAGAUUAAACAACUGAUGCGUGACAAGAACGGCGAAGCUCGCGGAGGGCCUUUAUUGGACGACCCUUAUGAUGAUGGAGAGGGCCGACUGUCGAAACGUGAAACCAAUCUGGCACGCUCAGGCUCGACGUCCACUCUGGGCAGGGGCAGGCGUCAGUCUAGUCCAGCUGGAAAGCUGCUCCCUGGAGGAUCAGAUAGCAGCAAGAAUCUCCGUCCAAUGGCUAGCGCUCGGCUUCGAACUGAUGAAGGCGUUGGCCUACGAGGCAUGUUCAAAGGGCCACGCAUUGACAAUGUGCUCCGAGGCGGUGUUUCAAAGCUGGGAGACAUGAUACGGAAAAAGGACGCAGCUGGCGAGACACAAGAUCUCGAUACGACGGAUGAGUCCGACAGCGAUAGAAUGAGAGGACGGAGAUCAACACCAAUGACUCUAUCGCGGAAACCCUCUACAAAAAUUCAAGAAGGGCAGCCCAAGCAUUUCCUCGAUACGAUGCCUGAAUUCCGACACAUGCCUAGCUAUCGCCACCUUGCCAAUGGCGAAGAGAAGCCCACCAAAGCUGAUGGUCGUCGGCCCGGCGAGCUUGAUCUUCUCCGGCCCCCUCAGAUUAGCAUUCGAAGCGCAUCGUCGUCUGCAUCUCCUCCGAUUUCACGCAAACUUCGACUAGGAGGAGACUCAGACGUCUCUGACCCUGAAUCCUUACUAAACAACAGCAUCCCCGACGGAGUCCGAGACGCAGACAAGCGUCUGAAUUCAGCCAUUUCACUCAGCGACAAGGAUAAUCAGCAUGGACGCUCGCUGGGCCACAAUUGGUCGAUUGCGGAUCGUGGUUUGCACAGCGGCCCGGCGAAGCUGACGAAGCGCGAAGUUGCCAGGAUGCGGGCUCUGAUACUCAGCUCUGGCGUCAUGGCCAUGGAGAUGCACCGCCGCGCAUACGAGCAGCACAAGCCUUUCAGCAAGGAAAAUCUCGCCUUGAACGAAGCCACCUCCCAGAAAGAGCCCGGCGGCGUUCCUUGGACAGAUAUUGCCAGGCUUACUCCUCACCAAGUCCAGGUCAGACUCCAGCUUCAGGAGCAAAAAGGGCCCUUUUGCGAGAUGUAUCCCCUCGCCGCCCAGACACUCGGCGUAGCCAUCCAGUCGUGGGGCCAGCGAUGGCAAUCCUCGGCCGACUACUUCAGGGACAAGACCGUCCACGCUCUGCGCACGCGCGUCUGGGAAGUCCGCACGCAUCUCGCUGACGACCUGUCCGAGAUGGCCCGCAACGCUGCCGACGAGGCAGACGAGAUCAGCCGCGACCUGGCGCUCGGCCAGCCCCUGAAGAUUAAGCACGUUGUCGACACCAUGGAGAAGAUGCUCCAGACGCGCCGCAGGAGGUUCCGCUGGCUAAGGCGCGGGCUCUGGCUGACGGUGGAGUGGCUGCUCGUGGGCUUCAUGUGGUACGUCUGGUUCAUGGUGAUGAUAUUGCGCGUCUUCCUUGGUGUUGGGAAGGGUGUGUUGCGGGGCGUCAAGUGGCUUCUAUGGCUAUGA